UUUGGAUCCGUCGAGGUGCCUGUCACGAACCCCCCUCUCGAGAUUAUAUUAUUCACACCUGCCAAAUGACAACCCCAACGUCGUACUCAACACCCGUGGACCUCUCAGCACCACCCGAGGCAGAAUGGCGCUAUGAAAUGCGCCGCGAGUGUCAAGAAAUCCUUCCCGGACUCUUGCUUGGACCAUUAACAGUAUCGAAGCAGCUCGAAAAGCUGACUUCUUAUGGGGUCACUCAUAUAGUUUGCAUUCGUGACGCCAAAGAGGCAUUCUCAGUCUACCCCCGCUUUCCCGACAAAUUUAGCUAUAUGGUUCUCGAUGUCGAAGAUAGCGAAGAGCAAAAUCUCAUUCGAUUAUUCCCUGGCGCUCAAAUCUUCAUACAACAAGCAAUAGCUGCUGGCGGUCGAGUUCUGGUUCAUUGCAAUGGCGGUAUCAGUCUCUCCCCAUCAUUCGCAAUCAUGUUCGUCAUGCAGCACUUCAAGUUAUCCUGGGAAGACGCACUUCAGUAUGUUCAGAAUCGACGAUAUUGCAUUUCACCGAAUGGCGGCUUUUUAACCCAGUUGAAGGAGUGGGAAUCGAUUUAUCGUGCUCGUCAAGCUGUUGCUGGGUUCUCGAAUAGUGGAUAUACCCGUUCUGUAAGUCGACGGAAACGUAGUGACGACGAGGAUGACGACGAGGAUAGUGUACAGAGGGUACCCGAGGCGCGAAGGCGAUAUUACGCUCCUGAGACGGACACUGAAAUGGCAUGAUCGAGGCAUACAUAGGUACAUAUUUCACGGAUACGAACAAUAGUCCCCCAUCUAGUUCUACCUUACAUCCUAUUUGCGAGCCGCUGGUCGCGUUGAUAUCCAUAAUGUCUUUGAUUCGGAUUGUACAUUUUCCCAGCGAUUAUAACUCAUAAUUUGCUGCGCGUCU